AUGCCACUCUUGAGAGUGGUAGGAUUAAUCCAUGCGAACAUGCUUUUGCUUAGUUCCACCAUAGGGGCAGGGAUUUUUGUGACUCCUAAAGGAGUAUUAAUAUACUCCUCACUGAACAUCCCUGUUUGUCUGAGUAUUUGGGCCUUGGGUGGCCUGCUGAGCAUGAUGAACGCUCUUUGUCUUGCAGAGCUGGCAACCACCUUCCCUGUGAGUGGAGCAUCUUAUUUUUUCCUCAAGAAAACUCUUGGAUCCUCUGCUGCUUUUCUGAGUCUUUGGAUAAAACUUUUUGUUCAUUUACUAGGCAUUGGUGCUCAAAGCCUACUAAUAGCUAGUUAUCUAAUUCAACCUUUCUAUUCUGGAUGUCCUGUUCCAGAGCUCCCAAAGAAAUGUCUGGCUUUGGCUGCUUUGUGGUCAUUUGGUAUUCUCAGUGCUCGGCAGAUGAAAACAGUGGUUCAAGUUCAGACUAUCAGCAGUCUGAUGAAAAUAGCUAUUCUUUCUCUCAUUUCUGUAACUGGGAUUGGUCUGUUAGUAAUUGGAAAAGAUGAGAAUGUGUCCAGAUUUAAGAAUGUUUUGGAUGCUGAACUUCCUGAUGCCUCACAGAUUGUAGAAGCCUUUCUCCAAGUGUACUAUUCAUAUUUAGGAGCAUCACUUCUGAUCAACAUAGCAGGAGAAAUAAAAAGUCCUACCAAUAUAAUUCCAAAAUCUUUACUGUCUGGCCUGUCCAUUGUUAUUCUAUUGUACUUACUGACUAAUAUAUCAUACUUGACAGUUCUGACACCCCAAGAAAUCAUCUCUUCAGAUUCUAUUGCUAUCACAUGGAUGAACAGAGUUUUCCCUUCGACACAAUGGGCUAUUUCUUUGGGGAUCUCAGUUUCACUGAUGAACACCAUUUCUUGUGGAAUACUUUCAACAUCAAGAAUAUUUUACUGUGCAAGUCAGGAUGGAAAAUUACCUUUCAUAUACUCAAUGCUUAAUGAACAUCAUUCUCCAGUUGUAGCAGUCUUCAUGAUUAUCAUUUUGUCUUCUAUUUCAAUAAUAACUUCAAAUUUAAUUUACUUAGUGAAAUAUGUGGGACUAGGAGCAUGGUGUUUAAAUUUGAUGAAUAUGAUAGGGUUGCUUAAAAUAAGGUACCAGAAGCCUGAUCUGCCAAGACCUUAUAAGGUAUGGCUGCCAUUCAUAUUUGGAUCUAUAGCUUUAUCAGUUUUUCUAAUUUUCACACCAAUGAUUCAGUCUCCUAAUAUUGAGCAUGUCUAUCAGGUUGUCUUUCUUUUCUGUGGCCUUCUGUGUUACUGGCUUCAAACUCACCUUAAAAGAUAUGAUGUUUGUUUUGACAAAAUCACUUGUUAUUGGCAAUUAUUUUUCAAUGUUUCACCAUCUGAAAACCAAGAUAAAUUAAUUAAUUUCUAAAAUCCUUACUAAAGGAGAAAUAUAUUUGAGACUAUGCAUAAUAUAAUUUUUAAGAUAUGAGUACAAUUUUAUUGCAAUUUUGCUUUUUAGAUGUGAAUACCAUUAAACAUAAUUCUUGCUUAUAUUAUGUCUACCCUAAAAAUUUGUUGAACAGUUUCACUUUCACUUCUUAAAUGUAAUCAUGCAGUAAAUAAUGAAUAGAAAUGAGAUUAAAUUUUCCAAAUAAACAAUAGCUAAAAUAAUAUGGAAAUUUUAUUUCUCAUACGUGUCUAAGGCAUUUUAGCAUCUUGGCAAAUGUAUUUUGCCUCACAGCAAAUCAUAGCAUUUUUAGGUAGAAUUCUUUUAUAACAUAUUUAGCGUAAUUUCACUAACAGGGAAAGUUUGUGUAAUGUGUUGUGUACACAUAAGAAUCAGUGUACUCUACCCAAAGAGUCACAGUCAGUGAUUCCUCACUGGCUGCUCUCUCCAUACAUUGACAGACUUCAGCAGUGGUAAAAGAGAACACACAACCUUUACAGCUGAAAAUAUGCCCUUAUUUACUCUUCAGAAAAUGGUACCAAGUCUUAAUGUCUAAUGUUUUGCUAAGUAUUUUAGCAAGUAAUGCUUCAUUAUGCUUUAUUAUAAUUUGUGAGGUAUUUGUGUAUGCACAUUUGGGGUAUGAUAUGGCAACAUACCACACUGAAUGAGACAAAAUAGUAUCUUGUCAAUAUAUUAGAAGGAAAGUAAACUGGAUUUCUGUCCUGUGAAAAUAUAUUUAAUGUGUAACAUAAACUACAAUGAGUUAACAUAUAAGAUAUAUGAGAAAGAAAUGUGAAUUUCUCUGUUUUGAUCAGUACACACACACACACACACACAUACAGACUUGAUAAUCAUUGUAAUUGAUUCCUUAACCAAAACAUUUUAAAAUGUUUCAAAGGGAAAUUUUAACCACUUUGAUUUUAUCACAUUAAAUAUAAUUAUUCAUCAGAUUACAAUAUUCUUUCCACAAAUUGAUGUAAAUUUAAAAUUUUAAAAAUAUAUAUUCCACAAUUGUUUAGUACUUUCUUUUUAAUAGCAAUAUUUUGAGAUUCAUUGUCAUAUCUACAUGCAUAUUUCUUCAGACUUUUCUUAUUGUCUCCACCAUACUCUCACCUCUCUAGUUCUCACCUUUCUGCAAGGCAGUUCUCACUUCUGAUUUCAUGAUAGUUACACUAUUACCCACCCAUUCUCCUCUCACCUUACUCAUAUCAUACCUCUUCAACCAUUCUCAUAGUUUUCUUUAUUCUUUAAUGUCCAAUGCGUACAUAAUCACAAAUAUAUAUAUAUAUAUUUGUGAUUAUA